GCGCUGAUAUAAACAGUAUAUAUACUUGUUGGAGGAGUCAAAUAGGUAAAACCUUUAAAGUGGCUGAUGAGCGAUUUCCAUAUCUACAAAGACGGCAAGCAAUCGACACGAUUGAAACGACUGGAGCAUGAACACCAUCUUGCCUAAAAAACCACAGGGAGAGUCAACAAGGUCCAAUUAGAGAAAAAGGUGACAUCCAGGGAGCUUGGUAUAGGAGAAAAAUAAUCAUGCACUGCAGUAGAAACGAUGAAAAGCGUUAAUCUCACAAAGAAGAGCAAACGAGCUGUCGUGCUUCCCUAGAACAGAAAAACCCUUCAGAUGGUCGGAACCUGCCCCUAGAAAUGUCUGUCAAGUGUGUCUUGGUCGGGGACUGCGCAGUGGGGAAGACUGCCCUCCUAGUCAGCUUCAUUUCUGGAACUUUCCCUGAUACCUACAAGCCCACGGUGUUUAACAAUACCGGGGCAGAGGUGUACAUGGAUGGUGUUUUGAUUAGUCUGGGUCUGUGGGACACAACAGGACAGGACAACUUCAGACAGAUCCGACCCCGAUCCUACCAGCAAGCCGACAUAGUGCUUGUCUGCUACUCGGUGGCAAAUCGUAACUCUCUGGUUAAUGCACAAAGCAAGUGGAUGGCGGAGGUUCGGGAGAACUUACCCACGGUACCGGUGCUGGUGGUGGGCACCCAGACGGACCUCCGAGAGUCUGUUGCACAUCGGAGCAGCUGUGUUACCGUGGCAGAGGGGCGGCAGGUGGCUCAGCAAGUGCACGCCAAAGGCUACCUGGAGUGUUCGUCCUUGACCAAGCGAGGGGUCCAACAGGUUUUUGAGUGCGCCGUGCGGACAGCCAUGCGCCAUAGCAGGAAGCAGGCCAGACGACGAAUGUUCAGCAUGGACCAGUGCAAGGUCUUUUGACCUUGAGCAAAUUUCAAAACUUCAACUGUAGACAAUUAUUUCAUACCAGGACUGUUGUAACUUUGCGCUGUUAAAUUUGAAUGUUUUAUUACACUGUUACUAUAUCACAAUUAAACUAAUAUAUUGAAACUGUUUCAAUAUUAUAGUCAUUUCUUUUCGCUGAUUGGCUAGGACUAAUGUUUGCUGUUAAGAAAUUAUUAACUCAUUGGCUGCCAUUGAUGACAAAAGAUGUCCAUUGCCUUUUGAUAUUGAGGGCUGGCAGUGAAUAACCAUGUUGCAAGGGCGUAGGUUUGCAUAGGGAUGGUAGGGACAUAACACUAGCAACUUUAAGCAACCUCAUUGCAUAAUGAGUUCAGUUAUAUUGGUAAUUUAGAUUGUCUCCCCAUAUGUUGUAAGGACAGAAUUGACCCUACCAUUAGUACAUGAAUUAUUUUCGUUGUGUUCAGAAUUUACUCCUUUUUGCUUGAUGAAUCUGCCGCUCCAUUUUCCCUCCCUUAAACGCAUGUUUGUUUGAUUGGCUGAUGACUUGUAUUUAUUUUCAUCAUUAUUAAUUUAAAAACAUUUUUAUUUGCAGCCUAUGCUGACAUUUUCCCAGAUAAUCAUACAUUAAUCAUAGUCGAGGUAAAAAGUUUUUCAUUUUUUGUUGAGUUUAGCGCUGCUUGGGGACAAAAGCAGUCGUGUUCUACGUGACUCCAUUUUUAUUUAUUUUUGUUAUACCAUGACUAAGAGUUUUUUUCAUUUAUAUUUAUUUAUUCAGACACUGUUGAGUGGUCUUAAGUCAAAUGUUUAUUUUUUUUGCAUUCCCGGAUAGUUAAGAGACUAUAAACAAGUUUGUAUUUAAUGUGUAUAGUAAUACAAUUUAAAUUGGGGUAAAAUAUUGCAAUUUAAAUUUGCCAAUAAAAUCCGGACAAUAGUUUUCAAAACGUUUUAGUAGUUUUUGGAAAAAAAAAAAAGAGGGGUGAAUUUAACGGUGUAUCACCUGAACCAAUACACGUGAAAGUUAGUAUAAGUCAAUAUAGACUUAUUUUGCAUUGAUCAUUUAGCCUAUCAAUAAACUAGGUUCAUAUUGGCGAGAAAUGUAGCCUUGACCCCCUAAUCUCUUAUUCAUGUCCAGUCCCCAGCAAAAAGUGUACAUGCAGGUUAUGCUUGUUAUAUCGUCCCUACAAAUGUUAAGACCAAACCUACGCCCUUGCCAUCUAGGUAAUAGUGCAUGAUCACUGCCAGAGCUCCCAGUCUAAAUGGAUGGGACGUCUAUUGCCUUCAAUGGCAGACAAUGAGUUAAAAUGAUUAAAUAAGGCCAAAGUGUCUUCUGACUGUCCCUGAUGGUGCGUUGGUAUAUUAGCUUGAUUUAGGGGCAGGCACUAUGAAUGCCGUUUCUUACCAAUGAUAGUUUUUGAUUCCUAUAUGUGUAUGUGUGAUUGAAAUUUAUGGUUUUUGGGAUUGAAUGUUCUUACCCUAAAAAUUUACAUCAAUUUCUUUUAAAUGA